AACGGAAGCCGAGAUGGGCCAAACCAGCCCAUCCGGAUAACAGAGACAAACUUGGCAGCGAGCGGAUGAACUGGUCGGAUCUUUGUUCUUCACAGACAGACUAUCAACCUCUUUAUAGUUUUGCGUAUCGUCACUUAUAUGUCUCACAUUUAUAUCAAGAUUAUAUAGAAUACUCCUUCCCUGUGCACGCAGCUUCAGCACAGGCAUAUGCUUUUUGAGCUAGCAUAUUUUCCUAGUGUUUUUAGUUCAUUCUUCCCCCCACCGACGAGGUUUUAUUGGACCAAGAUAGGCGGCGCGGGCACCAAGAUGUCGAACCGGAUGGUGUGCAGAGAAGCGAGCCACGCCGGCAGCUGGUACACGGCCUCAGGAUCCCAGCUUAACGCACAACUCGAGGGCUGGUUAUCUCAAGCACAACCUACAGCCGGUCCAGCUAGAGCCAUAAUAGCACCGCACGCUGGCUACACUUACUGCGGCGCGUGUGCCGCCCACGCCUACAAGCAGGUGGACCCCUCCAUCACUCGGAGGGUGUUCAUUCUUGGCCCCUCUCACCAUGUGCCACUGUCUCGCUGUGCCCUCUCCCCCGCCGAGGUCUACAGAACGCCACUGUACGACCUGAGGAUCGACCAGAAGGUUUACGCUGAUCUGUGGAAAACAGGCAUGUUUGAAAGGAUGAGUCUGCAGACAGACGAAGAGGAACACAGCAUUGAGAUGCACCUGCCUUAUACCGCUAAAGCCAUGGAGAGCCAUAAAGAUGAGUUCAGCAUCGUCCCUGUGCUGGUGGGAGCUCUGAGUGAAUCUAAAGAGCAGGAAUAUGGCAAGCUGCUUAGCAAAUACCUGGCUGACCCUUCUAAUCUUUUCAUCAUCUCUUCUGACUUCUGCCACUGGGGUCAACGUUUCCGUUACACCUACUUCGAUGAAAGUCAAGGGGAGAUCUACAGAUCUAUCGAGCACCUUGACAAAAUGGGAAUGGGAAUUAUAGAACAGUUGGACCCCAUCUCCUUUAGCAAUUAUUUAAAGAAAUAUCAUAAUACUAUUUGUGGUCGCCAUCCCAUCGGCGUUCUUCUAAAUGCUGUGGCGGAACUGAAAAAGAAUGGCGUAGACAUGAACUUCUCUUUCCUAAACUAUGCGCAGUCGAGCCAGUGCCGAAACUGGUCGGACAGCUCUGUGAGUUACGCUGCUGGAACUCUCGUCGUUCAUUGAGGUGAACUUUCCCAGGAACCGCAGAGCCUCCUAGAAGACCCCAGCCCCUCUCACCCGUGUCCCCAUCCUCCCUCGCCUCUACUAUAGGAAGGACAUAUGAAGCUUGUUGCAGCUGGGAAUCCUCAUACAUACCCCGAAUCCAGAUGUAACGUUAGAUACUAACCUCCUCUUCCUACUGCUUUCCCUGUACCCCGUUUUCCAUGUGAGGCAACUUGGAUGAUGCUAUAGCUUGAAGUAAGUUUUUUGGGUGUUGCAAGGUCAGUUUUUUGGUGGUGUUUUUUUCCUUGUUUGUUGGGAGGGGAGGGCAAAAUCCACUUUUGACCCUCCAAGGACGUUAGAUGUCCGAAGAGCCCUUGUGUAAUUUAAAAGCAAGACACAUUUAAAGUUUAAAUAAAAGAAAUAAAACCAUCGACAUUGCAGUCUUUUUGCAAGUCUGCAUAUAUAAUCUACAUAACGUCUCACCUAAUGAUAAAUGAGACAAAGGAAGUUGACAGACUGCAACAUGCUAUGUCCAUGUACACCCUGAGAAUUGUAGUAAUAGCUACUGCGUUGGUCCUGUUGUAGUUUUUAAAGGGCUACACAAUACCCACUAACCCUCAACUGUUCUGGAUAUACCAAAAAAGAGUUUUUCUCUCAUCUAAUCUUUUAUUGUAGUCAAAUUAAAGUUUUUUUUUCUGAUUCUUAUAUUCUGUUCUGUUUAUUUUCCCUUUGUGAUCACCAUUAUUUAGCUUUCUAGUUUUACUAUGCGUUUGACAUAUAAUCUCAAACUGUGUGGAAGCAUAUAGUAGUGUUUGAAGUCCACAGGAAGUGCAGUACAGUUCAGACUGCCUCAAAAUGGCUGUUCUAUCCCUUCAAUCCCAAAACUUUUAAAUCGUGAGGGGGGAUUUAUUUUGGUUAUUCUGAAACAAUUUUAUUUUCUCAUGCAAGUUAGCAGCCAUGUUUAACAGCUGACUAGUAGUUAGUGAUG